AUGGCUUCUCCCGAAAUUGUUAAUUGGAUCCAAUCUACUCCUGAGCCUUCAGUCAAGCCAUCUGAAAAAGAUUAUUUGGAACCCUCAGCAGUUGCCGAAUUGAUUAGAAGGUCACCUAAGGACAUUGCUAUUAUCGACCUUCGAAAGAACGAUUUUGUUGGGGGGAAAAUUAAGGGUGCAUUUAAUAUUCCUGCUCAAAGUAUUUAUCAUAGCGUUGACGACCUAUAUGAUCUUUUUGACAAAGCUGAAAAAAAGGAGAUUAUUGUUCAUUGUGUAAGUUCACGCGAUAGAGCUACACGCACUUGGGGCUGGUUAACCGAUUAUAAAAAUUCGAAAGGAUCAGGUCCCGAAAUUUUUAUCCUUAAAGGUGGAUUUAAUGCGUUUAAGGCUGCAGAUGGCACCAACGAUUUAAUUGAUAAUUAA